AUGCACAUGCCCAGACGCUCACAGAUAGAGGCGGCCCAAAGGGACAACCAGGAGCGUCAGAGGGAGGCCAGGAGCACCUGCCGGGUCGUCCUCCGCCUUGCCCUUUCAAGCGUCGCCCUCAAGAUGUCCAAUGCUGCCUGGGCGCACAUGCGCCCUUUACUUCUCUUCAUGCCCCCAAUGACCCAGGCGCAGGCAACCGACAGGAGUCCUGCGGGCCCACGGCCCCCUACCCCAGCCCGUCCUCCUACCCCUCCCCGCGACGCCCUCGUCGUACGGAUCCAUCCGGAAGGGCCUCCCACCGUGCGUGAUGCCGGGCUCAGCGCGGAAAGGGGGUCUGCGCGGGGGGAGAGACGGCAAAGACGGGGAGGGGAGGAAAGAGGGGAGGAAGGGGCCGCACCAGAGGAAGGGCGAGGACGACGGCGACGAGCCUCCCAGGACCGGCGAGCAGGUAGGGCUACAGCGAACGUGGAUGCGGAGGCAGGCCCCAGGACUCGCGGGGGGACCAGUGCCGGCAGACCCCACCCCGACGAGGGAGGGCAAGGGCCGUCCGUGCUGGUGGAAAAAGCGCGCGAAAUACUGGACAUUUUUGCCUUGAUCUGGUUCACGUUGGGGAAUGCGUGGGUCUUUGGGAGUCGUUACUGCCGGUUCACGAGUCCGGGUAUCUUUUACGUGUCGCUGGGCAUCAUUGUCAUGACCUACGUGACGAUGCUCUUCCCCGUCUUGUUGGCCCUUCUCUUCGUCCCCUUCGCCUGUUUCUGCAUGCCCUGUUUCCUCCGCCUCGCCAUCCAACUCCAAGCCCAGGAUCGGGCCUCCCGGGGGGCUUCUUCGGCGGAAAUCAACGCCCUGCCCGUGGUGAAGUUCGGGGUGGGGAUGUUCGACGGGGCAGAGGCGGGCACGUGCGCCAUCUGCCUUGCCGAGUACGAGGAGGGGGAGGCGCUGCGCUUGUUGCAGUGCCCCGGGAAGCACCAUUUCCAUGUG